GUUAUACAACAACCAAGAAGCAAAUGAAAGAGGGCUCUUCAUCAAGCAUUCCGGAUUAAGCUAUAAAAAUGGAAUUGAAGGCUGUUGUGCCCUUUUGUAUGGUGAAUCCAGCCGUGGGCAGUGUGUUCUGUUCUUCACUUCCAGUGAGUCAGAGUUUUAUAAAUGGACACUGACAUGGACUACGAAAGGCCCAACGUUGAAACCAUCAAGUGUGUGGUCGUGGGGGACAAUGCUGUGGGGAAGACACGUCUGAUCUGUGCCAGGGCAUGUAAUACCACGCUGACGCAGUACCAGCUGCUGGCCACCCAUGUACCAACUGUGUGGGCUAUCGACCAGUACCGAGUUUGCCAGGAGGUCCUAGAGCGUUCCCGGGAUGUUGUCGAUGAAGUAAGCGUUUCUCUUAGACUUUGGGAUACUUUUGGUGAUCAUCACAAAGACAGACGUUUUGCAUAUGGCAGAUCUGAUGUUGUGGUACUCUGUUUUUCCAUCGCUAAUCCCAACUCCCUAAAUCAUGUGAAAACCAUGUGGUAUCAAGAAAUCAAGCACUUUUGCCCUCGCACACCUGUUGUCUUAGUUGGCUGCCAGCUGGAUCUCCGCUAUGCUGAUCUGGAGGCUGUUAAUCGAGCCAGACGCCCAUUAGCCAGGCCCAUAAAGAGAGGGGAUAUUUUGCCCCCAGAAAAAGGCCGAGAGGUUGCCAAGGAACUUGGUAUCCCAUACUACGAGACAAGUGUAUUUGACCAAUUUGGAAUCAAGGAUGUGUUUGACAAUGCAAUCCGUGCAGCGCUAAUUUCACGCCGGCACCUUCAGUUCUGGAAAUCCCACUUAAAGAAAGUCCAGAAGCCCUUACUUCAGGCACCUUUCCUACCUCCAAAGGCCCCUCCACCGGUCAUCAGAAUUCCAGACUGUCCUUCCACAGGGAUGAAUGAAGCCGCCUGUUUACUGGACAAUCCUCUGUGUGCUGAUGUCCUGUUCAUUCUUCAGGAUCAGGAGCACAUCUUUGCGCAUCGAAUUUACCUUGCUACCUCUUCUUCCAAGUUUUACGAUCUUUUUUUAAUGGAACGUGAAGAAUCCCCGAAUUGGGGUGAGGGAGUUUGUGAGCAAGAGAGGCAAAGUAAGGAUUUCCAGGAACAGAUGCUGAGUCUUGACCCAGAUGAGGAAGGGCAGGAGGGCCCCCCAAGGACACCGCAGCCUGAUGAAGGGACCUUCUCCAGCAAGGACUUGCCAGACAGUUUGGGACUGGAAGCAGAAGGCACAGUUGCUGAGAUGCAGAAUUUGUCAGACUGGAGUAAAGGGUUCAUCAGCAUACACAAGGAAAUGCAAGUCAAUCCCAUCUCCAAACGUGUGGGCACCAUGACAAUAGUCCGGAUGGACUCGUCUGUACAGUCAGGCCCUUUCCGGACCUUGCUCCAGUUUUUAUAUACAGGGCAACUGGAUGAAAAGGAAAAGGAUUUGGUGGGUUUAGCCCAGAUCGCAGAGGUACUAGAGAUGUUUGACUUGAGGAUGAUGGUGGAAAACAUCAUGAACAAGGAAGCCUUUAUGAACCAGGAGAUUACGAAAGCCUUUCAUGUCAGGAAAGCCAACCGGAUAAAAGAAUGUCUCAGCAAAGGGACCUUCUCAGACGUGACAUUUACCUUGGAUGAUGGAGCCAUCAGUGCCCACAAGCCACUGCUGAUCUGUAGCUGUGAGUGGAUGGCCGCCAUGUUUGGGGGAUCCUUUGUGGAAAGUGCCAAAAGUGAGGUAUAUCUCCCGAACAUAAACAAGAUGUCAAUGCAAGCAGUGUUGGAUUAUCUCUAUACCAAGCAGUUGUCCCCCACCUUGGAUCUGGAUCCACUGGAACUAAUUGCCUUGGCAAACAGAUUUUGCCUGCCACACUUGGUUGCCCUCGCAGAGCAGCAUGCCGUUCAGGAGCUGACCAAGGCCGCAGUGAGUGGUGUGGGCAUCGAUGGCGAAGUGCUCUCUUACUUGGAACUGGCCCAGUUUCACAAUGCUAACCAAUUGGCUGCCUGGUGUUUGCACCACAUCUGCACCAACUACAACAGUGUGUGCUCCAAGUUCCGCAAAGAAAUCAAAUCUAAAUCCGCAGAAAACCAGGAGUACUUCGAACGGCACCGCUGGCCCCCAGUGUGGUACCUGAAGGAGGAAGACCACUACCAACGAGUAAAAAGGGAGCGGGAGAAGGAAGAUAUCGCAUUGAAUAAACAUCACUCAAGACGAAAGUGGUGCUUCUGGAAUUCAUCUCCAGCAGUGGCCUGAAGAGGAAGAGAGAAGACACCCAGUAAAUGUGAUACUCCACUUUUAAAAGCACUACUGUAAAAUUAGUCUUCUGAUUAGAGAUAUGACUGUAGUUCAGGUUUCAGGCACUGACCUUCUCCACUUUUGUGCAUUUCUCUUCCUUAGGAUCAAAGCACAAGCUCACCAUCAAUGAGCCUGGACAAAACAAAACAAAACAAAACAAAAAAAAAGGGAAACUGACUCUCACUGCAUUCCUUAAUCUGAUAGGUAUAUUUUUCUGUUAGGGAGGCUUAAUAAACUUUAAUCCGUUAUUUUGUUUCUUUUUAUACAAAAAAAAAAAAAAAAUCCAGCUUUCAUGUUUCAGAUUCCAAAUUGGAAACUAUUUUUAUAUGGUCUCUUGUAUUUUGUUGAAAUGAAAAUACUAUGUAUUACUUUAUUUUACAGGCCACAAAUUGACCAUGAAGUUGUUAAGCAUCAUUACAUAAUUAGAAGGUUAUCCUUUUUUUUUUUGUGAUGUAAUGGGUUGGAUUGAAAUCCCGCAGAGCGCAAACUGAAAGUGCUUAAUCUUUGUGCUGCUGGAUAACAUCGGUAUAAUUACCAACUCUACUCAAAGAAUGUGUAUUUACAAUAUUUGCUGUGUAAGUGCUAGUAAUUAUAUGGUUCUAUGUGCCAUGUAAAAUAUAGUGAUAGCAAAUAUUCUGUUGUUUAACAUGUCUAGAUUCAAGAUAAUCUUUAUAAUCAUUAGAAGGGCUUAUUAAAUCCCAGCAUUAUCCAGGGCAAACUCACUGGUGGGCCUGACUACAUAAGAAAUGCUAGAGCUAACGCAUUGGUAUCUGGAUUGCUGUGUUAGGUUUGUAGCUCUCGAUGUUCCUUGGUCCUGCUAUGCUUCUGCAUGCAGACUUUGCAUUGACUUGAACUGAGAUGAGCAAGGGACAAGGUCCCCAAACUUGUCCCACCAUCCUACAGGCUGAUCACCUCUCACCACCAGAAACAGGCUUCCUCAAGUCUCUGACCUGCAGUCAACGUUACAAAGAUGCAUAUUUUAACUCUUUCCAGGGAAAAAUUCAUGUCACUGCAGAAAGAGGCCAUGGCAGACCACCCACUCCUGCUGAAAUACAGCAGGGCCUAUGAAAGCACAAAGCUAGAGGCUGGGUCCCUGCCUUCUCCAACCCAGAAAGAAAUCUAAUACCAAGAGCUUAGGAAAUGGUGCUAUUGUGAGUUAGUACUGACCCUUUGUCCUGAAUUUUCAGUGUUAAAAUAGAAAGUAGAGUAGAGAGUGGGUGAGGUUUCAAGAGGCAGUUUAGAUCAUUGCUUCUCUGAACAUUAAGAUGUUACAGGAUACACACCACACACACACACACACACACACACACACACACACACACACACACACACACACACACAAAGCAUUGUAAAGGGCAGAGCCCUCCCCCCCAUACCUGCCACAGGAUGUUGUGGGUUGUCACUGGGUCUCAUUCUGUUGGAAGAAGGUCAACUUACUGAUGCUAAGGGCUAUUUUUGUUUUGUUUGUUUUUUGUUUUCUAACUUUCCAAAAGAUGAAAAAGACACCACUUCAAAUGCCAUAUGCAUUUGAAGAUCUGUCUGUAUUACAGGUGGACGUUUAUUCCUGGCACUGGAAACAUACCAGAUAGGAGGGCUUAGAGAAGUCCACAAAUGUAUCACUUUCUCGUGGCAAGGGGAGGGAACAGUGGGAGAGAGAUGGUGACAAAUGCAUCCACCUAAACUUUUUUCAAUAAGAAUGUAAAUCAUUAAUGGAAGGAGGAAACAGAAUAGAGGAUAUAUGUCAAUACUCAAGGAGAAUUGGCAUCUAUCAUGAUAGAGGUUGAGUUUUCAAUGAGUAGUCAUAGUUGAAUUUAUACAACCAAAGCUUCCAUUUGAUUGUAAUCUUGCCAAAAUACAAUGGACAUAUAAAUGAACGUGGGGUAUAAGCAAUAAUAUCCACUAGUGUUGUUAUCAGCUACUGUAACCAAGUGGCUGGUUCAUUUGGUUGAUGCUGAUUAUGGCCUUUAACUAUGGUGGUUUGUUUUCGUGUUUUUUAUUUCACAAAAAAAAGCCAAUAAAAUUGUUUAGCUACAAAA